CAUGGGGAUCCCGGCGCGAGGGGAUGGCGGCGAGCAGCGGAGGUAUUUCAGAGAAACGCCGGAUGUGAGCGUCACGCCGGUGGAUUUCCUGUGCUCCACGAAGGAGAGCGAUCUCUUCCUGGCGUGGAAUGUGACCAAGAUCCAGGGAUGGUGGAAAUCUAGGGCCUGCGCUAGAGAAUUCGCUGCCAUGAAAGAAGCUGCGCGUUUGCUGCAAGCGGCCUGGAGGAAGCACCGAAAUGCCAGGAGAAUACGAAGAAAACGGGGCCGAUCUAGAAAUUCACUGCACGCUGCUGCAUGGACGAUCCAACGCAUGACCGAUUGUGUGGAUUGGUUGCUCUCGUGGAUGCUGUCAACCAAGGGAGCACUGUUCGCUCGGCCAUAGAGGAGCGAUACGAGGCUGCGUCGGCUCUCAAGAGACAGCUCUGGGAGGAAGUCCAGAUCGAUAAGCGUCGGCUAAAAGAAGAAUGCAGCAAAGCCGAGGCUGCAAAGGUCGACGAGACGAAUCUACAACAACAGCAAGUGGAUGAGAAACCACUGCUGCAAGCUCUGGAGAAUGGAUCACAGGAGGCUCAGGAGCAGCAGCUGGAUGGAGAUGAAGAUGGCAGCUCCAAUCCUGCGCAAGCCUUGAGCGAAGAUCCAAACGAGAGGCAGCAAAAGUGUGCUUCGCAGCACUCGGACAGGUCCCGGGCCGAUAUGAAAGCCGAUAUCAGGUUGCGGGCGGAGAAACUCUACGUUAUUCGGUCGCUUCCUCUAGGUUUGGACCGGAGGCACAUCCGGUACUGGCAGUUCGUCACUAGUAGUAGCGGACACGACCCUGGGUGUAAAAGGAUCUACUUUGAAUCGCAUGAAGAUGGCCACUGGGAAGUCAUCGACACCGAAGAGGCUUUGAACGCGCUGAUGAACUUUCUGGACAUAAGAGGCACGAGAGAAGCAAAUCUCUUCGUAGCUCUCAAGGAGCUUGAAGGCUCGCUAAGGCAAGCCAUGAGCAGCUCUAGCACCAAGCAGAACCAAGACCACCACCAAAGUCACCACACCGGAAAUGGAAAUGGAGCUGGAGUUCAAGCUGGAGCUGCGAGUGGAAAUGGAAAUGGAAACGACUCUUGCGAGGGGAGUCCAUCUUCCAGCGCCGUGGUUGGAAAUGGCGGCAAAGACUCGACGAGCUCCGACGCUCGGGUAGGAUCGCUCAAAGUCGAGCUCGGAAGAUCAGCGUCGGAGAACUCCGGCGCCAUGGAACGAUACAAAGACAUGGAAAGGUGGCUGUGGAGGCACUGCAGCGUCAAGGCGCUGCAAAGAGGUGGCGAGAAGCGACGAGAGAGCGAGAGCGAUGGGAUGAUCGCCGAGUGUGAGUCGUGCCAUGACUUGCGCUGGGCCGUCGACAAGCACUGCCCGUUUUGCCACUCCACCGGCGAGGAAGAUGUCUGGAGUGAUUUCUCGCAGCACGUCCGCGACUGCGAGCAAAAGAUGAUCAGCAGGGAUCCCGCCUGGAGAAUCCAAGGUGGUGUUCUUCCUCCGCGAAUACAGUUGCUCAAGAAACUGCUGUUUCUAGUCGAGAUUUGUAUUCCUUGCGAGGCACUUAAGCCUGCAUGGUCGACAAAUUCUUACAGAAAGGCGUGGUGUCAAAUGCUCAAGGUUGCUUCUUCGGCAGGAGAAAUUCUCCAGGCAUUCAUGGAUCUGGAGGGAGCAAUCGACGAGGACUGGAUCUCUUCCUCGUACGAGUCGAUCGAGCAAGUUGGCAGACUCAUCGGCAUUCAGAGAAAAAAUCCCCCCUGGAUCCCGCAGACCUCCGCUGCUGUUGCUCUUCGACUGAUGGUCUUUGACUCUUCGAUCGCCUACACCGAAGAACAAAAGCAGCAGCUCAUGGACAGGCAACGAAGAGUUCCAAUGAGAAGAUCGAAAGGAGAGGCCCGCGAAGUUUUAUACGAGGCUGGUAGUACUAGGCCGGCAGAAGGAGAGGAAGACAAAGAGACCAAGGAGGCAGAGUUUAAUUCCCAAGAGGAGGAGCUACCACCACAGUUUUACGAGAGGAGUGGUGGUGACUUUGGAGCUCAUCCAUCUUGGAGCGCUCGGCAAGAGAGCGCCGCCGUUCUACUGGAAGAGGAAGAAGAAGAUGAUGAAGACGAAGACAAGAGGCUGGCAAUGAAAGCUAGUGGCGAGAGUGACGAUAGCUCGCAGAUGAACUGGGAAGGCCAGGAUUCUUUCGAGGAGCUCGAGCAGCCAGGCCAUGGAAGCCUCCAUCAUCUGGAAGAGCUGGAGAUGGAGGAGGAAGAGGAUGGAUUGAUGUUGGAAGAGGAGGAGGAGCUGAGUGACGAGGAAGAGGAGAGCGAGGAGGAAGAGUUCCAGCAGGAAGCGUCGAGCAGUGAUACGGACGAAGAGCAAAACAAGCACGACAACUUGGUGGUGGCCAAGAACUUGAUCAACAUCAAUGCGAGCUUGGAAGAAAGCGGUGAUGAUCUUCAUACUGCUGCUGCUGCUAGCAAGAUCAAUGGGGGUUCCAGCGAGAGAGUUGUAAACUGCGGCUUGACAAGCGAGUUAGAGUUUGAGCGGGGGACGUAUGAGGAGUGAGUGGAAGUUUUACUUUCUCCCAUACAGCGAAGGUGUCUCUCUUCUCGUCGUACAGUUUGAUUUGUGAAUUCAACCCUGACUUUUGUAUGUAAUUUCUUCUAGGAAAAAAGGUUUCUUUAUUC